GUUAGUGAUUCAAAUCGCAUAGCUCGGCGUGUAUUUUAAUUGGAAUUUAUCGAGGUGUUGCGGAAAAAUGGCUAUAAAUACUCUCGAGAUAUCAAUUUAAAAUUACCGCGAUUACAAGGCUAAAAGAUUUACUUUCAAACGCAAUCGAUAUCGCGUGAAAUUGAUCUCCAGCUACGAUCGAACCGAUAGAUGGCUUUACGAGCGCUACCGCGGCUGCGCGCGCAUCGCGUCGCCUGAUUGGUCGUGACCCCUCACGUGUCGUGUGUGCGGGUGGGGAUUGGCCGGCGUGGCCGCCGCGCAUCGUGGACGAAAGUAGCGCGUUUCCUCGCUUGUAGUAUUUACACCGCGCUGGCGUCAAGUCGAAUCGUCGAUCGACGCCGUUUCGAUCCUGUGUGUGCGGCGGAUCAUUUAUCGUCGACGAAACGAAACGAAACGAAUCCGCGGAUUCGCGAAAGAACCGACGAUCUGUCGAUACGACGAGAACAUUUCGCGCCACAUUUCUUCACUCGCUGUACGUAGUUACGUAUGUAUCGUUGCUUCGAUCGUGUACCUGUGGAUCGACAGUUAGUGCGCCAUGUUCGCGCGUCGCGGCACGUCACCGGCUUGACGUUGCUGCGGAACGAUUCGCGACAAAGAGAAGUGGACAAGUGUAUAUAUACAUGGUGAAACGGCGACGUGGUAACGGACGACUGCGCUCGUGACACGAAAAAAGUACGUCGACGACGGGCGAGAAACGCGGAGUAUACGCGGGGCGCCGUCAACACAUCGUGGGAUCGUGGAAUGCACGCUGACAGUUGCCCCCACGUUGGAAUGGAAGAAGGGUUCGACAUCCGGAUCUGGAUGAUGCCGAAAUCACGCCGAAUCUGACGCCGAAUCAGAACGUGUUCUCUCCCCGGCCGGAAAGAAACGGCGCGGCUUCCGGUGCUGCAUUCGUAGUGGAGGGAUAUGAAGGAGAGGCGGAAAGGGGGUUUACAGUUCGUCGGAGCUGCUAACGAUCGUUGGUGCCGAUCGUGGACGAGGCGAGGAAUCGUCAUCAUCGUGCGAUGAUGAGCGGGAGCGACUCGAGCGCGACCGCGACGCUGACGCCGACGCUGACGCCGACGUCGACAUCGACGCCGACACCGACGAGCGUCGCCGUCAUCUCCGCGGCCUCUUCCGCCGCGGAUGAGGAGGAGGAGGACUCGGCAGCCUUGACCGUGGAUUGUGCCGAUAUGGACCUGGUGAAUGGACCGAACCCCUGGCUUCCGGCCUACGGUUUCCAGCUGCAGCAUCAUUCCCACUUUCAGCCGACACACUUGGAGGAUCUACGGGCUAAUGAUACGGUGCUAGUACAACAAAUAGAUUUUUUAGAGACAAUUGUGGAGGAGACAUCCGACGAUCUUCAAAGCGAUUCUGAUCGCAGCGGAACGACAUAUUGGCUGGGAUCCGAUUCGGAGACCGAGAGCGUCAUUCAUAUCAAGGCGAAGCAGAGAUCCACAGACGAGCGGCUAGACGGUAGCGGCAGCGAGUGCAACUCGGUGGUGCCAAAAAAGAGACGUCGUCGCGAUCAUUAUGGUACUGAUCAUCAUUACCAUCAGCACGUGACAACAUAUGACGAGUAUCCGGCCUCACCGAGAUCAUCCAGGUCCACCGCCUCCUCCAGAUCGAGCUCGCUAUUGCAGUUCGAGUCCUUGGAGAGGACCUGCGCGACCCUGUCACCCUCCAGCUACAGUUUCGACUCUCUGGAAUACUCCAAUCGGUCGAACGCUUCUCAUGCAGAGAACGAUUCGCCUGAUAGCUUGGAACAAGACUACAGCAGAUUGCUACCGAAUGGUUUUCCCAGCACAUUAGCCGACCAUUUUCCGAGGAUCAGGCCCUACCGCAGCUUCGAAAGUCUGGAUACCUGUCAGAAGGACGAAGGUUUUGACCAAGUGUCUAUGUCAAAUGGUUUCACGCCUUUGUACCUGAAGAGGGGUGCUGAUUUGUCAAAUAUUGGGAAGAACAAACAACGUCCAAGCUUUUGCACACACUCGCCUAUUUUCACAUGCGCCGUUAGAAUAGAGGUACACAACUAUUGUAAUCACGCAUUAUUUCCCGAAUUAACAGUUUGCAAGGACUGUCGAGAUUUUUGGCACGAGGACGAGGAAUACAGGGACCACGAUUACGAGGAAGAGGAUGACGAAGACAAUUUCGAAGAAUACGAACGAAACCGGACGAAUACGGAAUCCCGGUUAACGACCGGUUUCGAGGAUCGGUUAUUACUGUACGGUGAGUCCGGCAAGUAUGCGACAUCCUUGGACUACCGGAACACGAUCGAUCUACGAGAGAUCGGCGUGGAAACGAAAAGAGACAGGCUUUUGGAACUCAAGUCCGCGCAAAAGACAGCCCGGUUAAAUAUAGCCGGCUGUGGCGCGGAGCAUCAUCACCAUCACCAUCAUCAUCAUCAUCAUCAUCAACAUCCGCAACAGCAGCAGCAGUACCAGCAGCAGCAGUAUGAUCAACACGAUCACCAUCACCACCGCCACCGCCGCCGGCGCCGCCAACAGCAGCACCAAGGGUGGAGUCACGAGGAGCGUUUUAAUUUUAGAUUCACGGACAAGUCGCAGAGCGCGCCCAGUCUGCUCGACAGUGUCGAAGAGUCAGCACGUAGUGAUUUGAGCAGCACCUCGCCAUUUUGUCUUCGCACCUCGAGGACGACUUCCUACGUAUCGACGUCUUCUCUCUUCGAGAAUUACACGCAGGUGGCUAGCGUACCGGUGGAUUUGAAUCUCUGUGGCGUCACCACUACGUGCGUCGACAGAAUAAACGAUCUCGAAAUGGCGGAGACCGCGUCCGAUGACGAGGCAACGAUGACCCUGAAAAGUUCGCGAGAAAAUGCGAUUCUUCAGGAGAACGAUGAAACGAAAACGAAAGUCGCGCUAAUCAGCUCGGUUAGGACGCAGCCGGCUCAGAAUUCAUUCAUGGACGGCAGUAUAAAAAAUCGUAAGAAGAAAAAUGAAGAACGAACGAAGGUCGAAUGCGCGAGCGAUCAUUGCGAAAAGCAGCAAACUCUCAACGACAAACAAAUGAAGACGGUAUCGACGGUGAAGACUCAGGAUCAUACUAACUGUGUGCUGGACACGGCAAUGGUGACGGAGAACGAUCUUGAUGAAGCCAUCAAACAGUUCAAGCGCGAGGUAGAGGAGGCAGCCGCUUCCGAAGUUGCGAACGCCGCCAUUUUGGCGAUGGAAACAAUUGAACGAACGGCAUCUGGUCGAGCUAGGAACCGAAAGGUGAAGAAAAAUGCUAGUUACGAGCUAGCGCAGCAGUUUGAAGUGGACGAAAGAAAUUUCCAGAAAAAGUUUAAGGAUAAUGAUGAAGAUCACAAUAGAUCUCCCAGUUCUCCUGGAAGAAGACGAGUAAUAAAUAACGCCAGCUACGAGCUGGCGCAACAGUGCGAUUACGUCAAGGCGUUGCAGAACUCGAAGGCUGCAUUUCAUCGAAUGGACGCCUGCGAUGAACUGGAAGAAGCUGCAUCAGGACACUCCUCAGAACUAAAAACCGACGUGAUGCGCUCCAAUACAAACAUCAGUAAGGACUCGUCGAAUUCCAGACCGAAGGAGCAGCAAGAUGAUUCGUUCUUUGGUCAGAUAAAAAAAAACUCGGAUCCAUUUUCAGCCUGUGGCGAUGCUAGUGCAUUAAGUCCGCGGGUGUUAGACGAUGAAGUAGAUUAUCCCUGCUUGGAAACCAAACCCAUAGGAGCGUCCUGCUUGGAGAAUAGGGUCGUCCUACGAGAGAAGAUUGAAUUAGAGAAGCCAAUUGCAGAGUUAGAAAGUGUCCUUGGAAAUUCCACGACGAUAUCUUACAUCGACGAAGAAUCUUUUGGUAAGCGCAAAGAGGAGUCUGCGGACGUGAAGAAGAACUUAAUCGAUGAAUUUUAUCCGGAACAAAUGGUACAGUUUUCUCAACAAUAUCUUCGAAAGGAUGAGAGUAAGGAAACGGAUCAAAAACGGUGUAAAGAGAAUUUUGAAAAUGCGUCGUCGAACCAAGAUCCUGAACAGCGUUCUCGUAGUUCUGACUUGAAUGAUCGCGACACCGUCGAAUGUUUAUGGAGAGUCGUGAUCGAAAAGUCAGCGACAGCAAAGAAGGAAGAGGAGGAGGAGGAGAAGAGGGACGAGGUGGAGGUAGCGGAAAAGAAGGAGAAAGAGGAGAAGGGACACAGUGUUCGCAGUGUUGUUGGCUCCGAGUCCCCACCCGCCGUUCCAGGUUCAUUCGGUGAACAUAGUAGUGGGAAGCCCGCGAUGGCUGUGGCAGUAGUUGAUACGAAUCAUCGCGGUAGUGAUCACGACAAACGUCAGAGCGAAGAGCAACGUGCGCUAUAUAUCAACAAGAAAGACGCGGAUAUUGUAAUCGCGAAAAGGCCAUUGUUUAUCGCUCCGCAGAAGGAGAUCGCGAACACCUACGCGGUGUCUUCGACAUCCUCCCUGUCUUCAUCUGCUUCCGCCGUCAUGAAGAACGAGGAGAGAAAGAAGGGCGGCUUAGGCGGCUUUCUGCAGAGAUUUUCCAGGCUGAGGUUUAGCGGCCGAACGAAGGUGCCACGUUCGGAGGUACAGAAAAAGAUUGUCGAGCCGACGACGAGAACGCAGGAGGAGCAACAAUCAACAGCCGCCAAGAAGAAGGAACCUGACUACAUUAUCAUACCAUUGCAUCCGCCCGAAGAAGAGAGAAGACGCCAACUGGAGGUCGUUACUCUCGAAGAGGCCAGUAGGAGGAACAAUGUGGACAUUCAGAGAAGCGUUUCUAAUGUCAGCAGCAACGGGAGGGCGCCAGUAUCCAGCAAGCCACCCCUGCCGCCGCAACCGCCGCGCGUCGCCGCCCUGGGUACGACGACGCGAGCGUCGGCGUCGCGCCGACGCGCCGCCACGGACCUCGGUAACCCGGCGGCGAUCGAGAUGGCGAAGGCCCGUGCGAUGCAGGCCGCCCAGGAGCGUCCGGUCGGCCUGCUCGAGACCGAUCUCGACGAGGCGGUGAUCGACACGAGUUGCACAAAGUACACAGCUGGUUCGACCGCCGCUACCGCCGCCGCCGCUGCUGCCGCCGGCGCCGGUGGUAAGAAGACCCGUAGCCUGCUCGACCUCAACCACACCUCGGCGGCGGCGCCGCGGCCGCGACCCGAGCACGCCCUCCACGUACCCCAGUCGCCCAUCGACAGGAGUCCUCGCGACGACGUCGCGUCUGCCGCAACGUCCGCUAUCCACCAGCGGCCCCACAAGUCCAUGGAGUUCCUCCUCGACAAGGAGAACCUGCACUUUGUCAAGCCGCCGGAGAAUGAGCUGCAGAAAGUGGGCGAGCGCGUGCCAAGCGAGCACGAGCUCAGGGUGCAGCGAUCCUUGCAACGGCUCAAUGUGCCCGAUUGGUACAAGAAUUCACCCGCUGCUCGCGAUGGCUUCCGGUUGAAGAGGCAUUCCGACGCUUCGCAGCACGGAGGAUGGCGCGCCCUUGGCUCCAAGACCACCUCCCUCUCGUCCCUCUCGUCGUCUUCCAAUCGACAGCCGACCACAGGUGCCCUUUUAAGUCCCAGUCCCACGCCUCCCGUAUUCUCGAGAUGGAGUACCAGCUUGCUGAAUAGUGCCGGCAGUUCACCCGCGAAUUCGGCCAGGUCGUCCUUCAAUCAUCGACAGCCCUACUUGGGCUGGCGUUCUCAGGAACGACUGACCAAUCCGCGCACACCGGCGGAACGUCUUGCUCAGGGUAUUCUUCCUCAGUUGCAAGCCGCAAACAAGCGUGGCGUGUCGAAUUUUGAUCGAGAGCGCGGCGAGAAGCUGCGACGAGGACCUCGUCGCGUCGACCUUGGCGCAGGUUUGUCCCUGAAACUUUCGCAAAGCAGGAUCGAUGUUUCGCACGAUGCUUCGCACGACAACUACAUUGUAUGCCACCACGUCACCGGAUGUCGGAUCGAAACGAUCGCGUCUCCGCUUCAUCAAAACCGAUUUUUCUUAGCGAACAUUCCGCCGGAGAAUGAGCUGCAGAAAGUGGGCGAGCGCGUGCCAAGCGAGCACGAGCUCAGGGUGCAGCGAUCCUUGCAACGGCUCAAUGUGCCCGAUUGGUACAAGAAUUCACCCGCUGCUCGCGAUGGCUUCCGGUUGAAGAGGCAUUCCGACGCUUCGCAGCACGGAGGAUGGCGCGCCCUUGGCUCCAAGACCACCUCCCUCUCGUCCCUCUCGUCGUCUUCCAAUCGACAGCCGACCACAGGUGCCCUUUUAAGUCCCAGUCCCACGCCUCCCGUAUUCUCGAGAUGGAGUACCAGCUUGCUGAAUAGUGCCGGCAGUUCACCCGCGAAUUCGGCCAGGUCGUCCUUCAAUCAUCGACAGCCCUACUUGGGCUGGCGUUCUCAGGAACGACUGACCAAUCCGCGCACACCGGCGGAACGUCUUGCUCAGGGUAUUCUUCCUCAGUUGCAAGCCGCAAACAAGCAACAGCAGCAGCAGCAGACAACGAAUCAGCAGUUGGAAGUACGAAACUCGAUAAAGGAGGUGACCUCGGCCAUCGUGCACUAUGUGCAGAGCGGUCAGGAGGUCGGAGGUGGCGGUGGCGGCAGACUCUCGCCGCGACCUCGACCUGAAGAUUGGGACGACAGGGGCGGAGCGAGGUCUACCAGCCCCAGAGGGAGCGUGAAGCUGUGCUGGAUGGAGAGCUCGUUUGUCGGCACGCGGCCCGUGGACUCGCCGGAGACGCCUAUGAGCCUGGCGACCGACCAGGAGGCGGGUGACUGCUGCAACGCGGCCGGCACCGAGUCCUGCAGCUGCCAGGACUCGGCCGCUUCCGGCCUCUACCUGGACCUGACGCCCAGCCGGGACGACUUGCGUCACCAUCAGACGUCCUCGGCCGGCCCGUCGCCCACAUCCUCCUCUCACUAUCAUCAUCAUCACCAUCAUCAUCAACGUCAUCAGCAUCGCCAGCAACAGCAGCAGCAGCAGCGUCAUCACCGCGGAUCGGGCCAGAGCGAUACGGACGAGGCGAUGGCGACGGCAGCUCUUCUGCGGAACAAACCGAGCCCGGGCUCCACAACCCUGGAGGACGUACUCGACUCCCUCCUGGGACUGCCACCCGCGUCGCGUACUCCGAGUCCUGGUCCGGGAGGACCCGUCGUGACCGCCACGUCCGCCAUCCGUCAUCGCCAUACGAACGCCGCCGUCGGCCAGGCGAAAGCCGGGAAGAGCUGCAGCGACCUACGCCAAGACCUCCAAGAGUCCGCUAGGAGCGUGAUGGACGUUCAUCAGGUGGCCGCCGAGGAUCAACGCAACUUCUACUCCGGCGAGCUGUUGAGACGGAAGAGCUCCCCUCCUCUUUUUGCUGAUAAGAGAUCGGGCCAGAGCGAUACGGACGAGGCGAUGGCGACGGCAGCUCUUCUGCGGAACAAACCGAGCCCGGGCUCCACAACCCUGGAGGACGUACUCGACUCCCUCCUGGGACUGCCACCCGCGUCGCGUACUCCGAGUCCUGGUCCGGGAGGACCCGUCGUGACCGCCACGUCCGCCAUCCGUCAUCGCCAUACGAACGCCGCCGUCGGCCAGGCGAAAGCCGGGAAGAGCUGCAGCGACCUACGCCAAGACCUCCAAGGUAGGAGGACUAUAAAGCGUAAAAAAGAGUACAGACUUUUUGUGCUUCUGUGCACAUUGAUGGCACGUGCACAGCUCGAUGUCAAGCUCGAUGGGCAUCGAUCAACACAAUCGGCCGAGCGCUUCGUCGGCAACGGCUUCGCCGACCUUGGCGAGCCCACCUACGUGCGAUGGUCGGAUUUACUGCCCGGCGAGAUGGGCGCCGAGCUAUACGCCGAACUGAUGCGCCUCUGCAAGACGUACAAUCCAGAGGCUCGACUGGUGCUUUACGUAGCGGUGUGCGUAGUCAGCGAGGUGCCAACCAGCGGUGCUGUUAGGUGGGAACGACAAUUGGUAUCCCGAUGCGCGAAGAUCAGACUCGAUGGAGCGACGAAGCACGUUUCCUCGUCUUCGGCAUCACCGCAGGCCAGAAGACAGCAGAUGCCCGCGUCGCCCUGUAAUAUCACUCGGGAGAUGGACUCGCCGGAAACCCUGGUGCUGACAUCGUUACCCGGAAACAAUGGUCAGAACACACCGCGGAGGGCCCGCGAAAUCAGUUUCAACAACAUCCAGCGGCAGCUCAGGCUCAGAGGAGUUUCUUUAAGAAGACACUUUCCCCAGGUCUACCGGAAGCUCUGUUCCUACGUGGAUGGCUCGGUGGAUAAGUUUGCGCCGGUGACCAUCUAUCCCAGGGAUCAGGCGUCCGGUAAGAGCUUUAUGUGCAUCAUCAUGCUGGACGCGGAGCCUGAACGUUUACAACUGUUGCCCACGGACUCGUCCAGGGUCAGGACGGUGGACAUUAGCGUGGAACAAGAGUGAAGAUCAUAUCCGUAUUGAAGAACGGGAUUUAAAAAUACUCGAGAACAAGAUACGCACCGCUCAGAAUUUUCCUCAGGUUCUCAGAUGGGAGUCGGAAACGUUGCCAUCUCUUAUUCAAGAUGAAAACGACUAAUGUUAACCAGCGGUACAAGAAUGAAGAUCACAUCUGGAUGAAGGAAGAAUCGAAAAUGUUUGAAAUAUCAAGAGACGUUGCUCUCUCAGGAUUUUCCUCAGGUUUACGGGGAGGGGAUUAAAGAAGAGGUGUCGCCAUUGCUGUCGACGGACUUCUUUAGAUUGACGAUGACUUUAGUAAGGCAAAUUCAGAUGAUACGAAAAUCUGAAAGAUAUCUUAAUUUAAUCGGACAUCUUUCAGAUGUUUAUAUUAUUUGGGAAGAUUGUAUCUAGAUAGAAGCACAGAUGAAAAUGUUAACAAAAGUCUCAAAUGAAUCUAAUAAAGCUCGACAUUUGAUGUCAGUUUGCACAGAUUCGCAUACACAUACAUAUAUACACAAAGACUGUUUCUAUCUUUUCUUCUAAAGAAAAAAAAAAGAUCGAACGCGAAGAAUAUGAAACGUUGCUUUGUUCAUAUUCACCUUCUUUUGCGACACUCUAUAUAUCUCGCGAUCGUAUUAAGGCAACCCUCUGUCGUUGCAAAAGUCCUCGAUUUGGCCGUUGCUGUGUGAGAUGUUUAUCAAUCGUUUGCCGAGGGUGAGUCUUAUUGCAAGAUCAACUGUUAUCGACCGUUUAAUCCUUUCUCAACUCAUGAAACACAUGAUUAAUUCUCUUCAAGAAUCAGAAUAAUAAAAUAUUCUUAUAUUUUAAUUCUCAUUAUAUUUACAUAAUUUGUGUAUAUCAUACAAUUCGAUAAAGCAAUAAUAAUGCACAUUUAUUAUGCGAAUUUUAUUUUUGGUAAUCGCUGAUAAAGAAUUAUCAAUCUAAUUUAUUACAAUAAUGAUACAAUAAUUCUAAUUAAUAUUACUUUUCUCUAGCGAUUUUUUUUAAUAAGGGGUUUGAAAGGAUAGGCGAUGAUUUCAAGUUCUCGGCGAAUGUAACGGAAAGUAAUAUUUAGAGUACGUUGUUGUGUCUUUGUUCAACUUUGCAUUGUUUAAAUUUUAUCGUAUAUAUAUAUAUAUAUUAAUAUAUAACAUAUAUGUGAAAAGAGACGAAGGAUACAAUUUUUUCUCAGCGGAUAUACGAUAAUCGAAUAAAUCAAAUUAUGAAAUUUCGCUUAGAUCCCACGUGCUAUCGAAAACCGAUUAUAAUUGUGUAAUAUAAAAAUUUAAAAAAAAAUUUCGAGAAAUAUAUCAAAAUUUUUAACAUUUGUUUGCAAAUAUCAAUUUACUAAGAGAGAAUACUUGCCUUACUUUUCGUCAUGGCAUAUAUAAAUCUCGCAUCUUGUUAUUAAUCGGAUGAAUUUAAUAAUAUAAAUAUAUAUAAUCGUGAAAUUCUUUUCAUAUCUGUAAUUCUUCAAAUGCAUGGAAAAAAGAGACGAAUAUAUCUCGCGCAUAAGGUUUUGUCGCAAGUAUAUCAUUCACCUCUAUGACAUUGUGCCAAAUGAGAAAAACGAGAUUAAUCGCGUAUAUUACAGAGAAUAAAUUUUCGAAAUAUUGUCGAAAGGGACAUCGACGCCUUUGGAUAUGAUCUCAAUUUAUAUCAAAAGAGAGAAAGAAAGAGAGAACGUGCAUAAUUUCGGCUGAAAGGUUUUUCCAUGGAUCAACGAAUCCCCAAUUUAUUAAUAGUAAGCAUAGCUUAAGUCGAGUUGCAUAACGAAAUGACAUUACAAAAAAGGCUGAUCCAUUUCUAAUAGAAAAGAAGAGCGAUUGAUAAUGGUGCCAAUGAUAACGUCUCGAGACUCGCAACACAUCAUCACUUUACACUGAUAUACAAAUAAAAGCAUAAAAAGGAACUUGCAAUCUGAAAGUUUCCAUCAAGAAUGUCGUAGCGUCAUCGAGCGACGAUUAAUCAAGCAAUCGAUGCUUUUGUAAUUUUAAUUGAAUAGAUAUUGUAAUUAAUGGAAGCAUUGUACGAGAAACAGAGAAUAUUUGCGAUUUCUUACGUUAGUUGAUAGAGUCGAUAUCAGUUGAUAGAGUCGAUAUCCGUUUCUAUCGUUAACACAAUGCAAUUUUUAAGAACGAGACGGAAAAUGAAUCAAAUCAAAGAGGAAGCAUCCCAGUGCCAAUAAUAAAAUGCCACGAAUAUUUCUACACUCAACGAGAAAUAUACCGGUUCUCGAUUUGCUGUCGAGCAUUCAGAAUUAAACCUUACGACGAGAUCCAUAUUUCGUAUGCACACGAUCACGAUGGUCCUCAUUACGAUUAUUGAUUUCGAUUAAUCGCAUUCCUUUGUAUGUAUAGCGAGAGUAUAAAAUUAUUAUUAUCUCAAUGCGUUCACUCGAUCAUUCGCUCAUCCGUUACAUUAUCAAGCUUGCGACCAAUGUUGAUCCUUCAUUUACGUUUGUACAUAGCGCUAUUAAGGGAAUAUAUAUAUUUAGAAAAUGAAUUAGAGGUAAAAAGAGAGCAAUUUUACUAGCACGAGGAGGAGAGAUUUAAAGGAUGGAUCAAAAUUCGCGAGUAGGUGGCUUAUUCGGAGAUCAGUCCUCGUUAUAUCCUCGAUAGUUCCUUUUUCCUAUCUCUAUUACGAGGACGAUCACUGCGAUUUCAUUAUACAGGUUGUAUGAUAAAGAGUAUAUAUUGAUUUCGGCGCUUUACGAUACACCUUGUAUAAAUAUAUUUAUAUAUCCACACAUUUCCGCUUUAUAAAAGUAUAUAACGAAAAGUGAGGGAACGUCGGUCGGAGAAGAAAACUCAAUUCCUGUUAUAUUAAAUGUAUAUACAGUGUGUUUGUAGAAGAAUCUACAUCUAUUUCUAGAACGUUUAUUAUAUAAAGAAAGAAGAAUAUAAAUGCUAUGCGCAUCAUAAAUUUUUAGUCAUGAUAUAGAGCUUGCAAAUUGACAGAAAUAUGCCCAGAAUAUUAUUGAUCUGUAAAAUAUUUUCUCGACUGAUUAAAUAUUAAAUAUUUACUACUUAAUCCUAGACAGUUUCUGUAUAAAAGAUAAAUAGUAUAUUGAGUUUGCAGAAAUAGAUGGAAACUUUAUGGGCACCCUGUAUCACUCCGACCGAUAAAACGAGAAAGCUAUUGUUCGACAAAUAAUUUAGAAGAGUGAUAAAGAAGAAAAUUAAUCGCGCGUAUCCGCGAAAAAGAAGAAAAUUAUGCGACUCAAUCGAUCGCGAACGAGCAAUCUCAGCCCGCACAUAGUCACUCUAAAGUCUUAAGAUAUCGUUUCAACGUCUAUAUUUAUCGGUGCUAUCAAAAUGUGCUACCAUUGUUUUCGCAUCUGUGUAUGUCUCGAUUUUUCAAAUAAAAUGUUAAUUUUAUUAUAUAGGCCCACAGUGUAACUAUCCUCUCGCUGAAACACCGAGAAAUAUAUCGUCGAAAUAAAAUUUAUAAAAAAGUGUAAUAAUUAAAAUAUAUAUAAACUAAAAGAUCACUAUACAGGAUAUAAAGUUAUAUAGAUUAAAGAAUUAAAAAUUUCAGUAAGUUUUCUAAAAUAAUUUAAAAGUUAUUUCGAUUUAUAUUGGUAUUAUUAUCGAAAAUACAUUUGUUAUUUGGAUAGCGGGAAAAAAAUCUAAAAAAUAUUUAUGAAACCUUUUUGAUUUAUUUGGCUCUGUACAGAUUUGCUACAAAUUUAUUAUUGUUAAUAAUACCAUCGUAUAUUUGUAACGGUGUGGGUAAAUGAUGCUCACAUAUAUCUUUCCCGGAGACAGAUUCGAGCCGAGACCGUCCUUUCCUUCUUUAUCAUCUUUCUUUUUUUUUUUCUUCUCUCGGGCUAGAUCGAUCUGAUCAAUCCCGACGACCGUUUAUCGACUAUAUACCUCGAGCAUACUUCGUUUUAUAUAAGCUUUGGAAUACCCGUGGACACAUAGGUACAACAAGGCUUUACAAUAAUUUAUAGGAAAGCGCGGUUUUGAGACGAGUGAUGACAGCUACAUUUAUUUCGUUCAUAUAAAUGCACGAUAUCGAGAAGCUUACAUUUCAAAAGAGAACCCCGUCUUACACAUCCUCUCUCUUCUUUUUCUUCUUAGAAAAAACUUCCGAUAAAUACUGUGUCGUAAAUUGGCGAGAUAGCUAAGAAUAUUCUUUACGUCUAGUAUUCUUACGUCUAAUUUCAAUCUGCACUGCGCGUGUAUAACGGAUGCGCCAAUAUUUCCGUGAAACUAAUAAAUCUAUUUCGAAAGAAUAUAUACGCUGUGUGGAUACGAUCCACAAUUUAAAAAAAAAUACAAGUAAUAAAAGAGCUAUCUUUGUCAA